CGGCGGCGGCGGCGGAGGCAUCAUCCCGCCACCGGGCAUGCCGAAGGCCCCCGGCGGAGGAGGCGGCGGCGGAGGAAAUCCGCCGGGCGCCGCCGGGAAACCCAUCGGCGGCGGCGGCGGCGGCGGCGGAGGCAUGCCCCCGAAGGCGCCGGGCGGCGGCGGCGGCGGCGGCGGGGGCAUGGCCUGCGGAGGAAGCAAAUGUCACAUCAGAAACGGCGUGAAGGUUGAGAGUUCCACGCGGAUCAUUGCCCCAAAGGCGCCGGGCGGCGGCGGCGGCACGCCCAUGGCGGCGAAUUGCGGCGGCGGCGGCAUGGCGGGCGCGGCGGAAAAGGCGCCGGCGACGGCGGGCGCGCCCGUGCCAAACAUGGUGUGGGGCUGGACGGCGUUGUUCGGGUUGUUCGCCGCGAGCAGCCGCUCCGCCUGCGAGCCGUGGCGCUCGGUCUUCGAGUCGCGCUUGAAGGCGUAGCCGACCUGGACCUGCUUGUUGCAGAGGAACUGGCCGUGCAUGCACUCGAUCGCGAGGUCCGAGGCCUCGAAGCUGUCGUAGCUCACGAAGCCGUAGCCCUUCGAGCCGCCCGUGUCGGGGUCGCGCAUGACCUUGGGCGUCUCGGAGAUCGUGCCAAAGGCCGAGAAGGUGUCGUAGAGCAGCUUCUCGUCCACGUCGCCGUCGAGGCCGCCGACGAAGAGGUUCGCGCCGACCUCGACGGCGCGCCGGUCCUGCGACGCCUUGUUCACGCGCAGCGGCUUGCCGAAGAGCUUGACCAUGUUCAUGACCUUGAGCGCGUAGUCCGCGUCCUCCUCGCUCCGGAACUCGACGAAGCCGUAGCCCUGGUGCGAGCCCGUCACCUUGUCGCGCGGCAGGUGCACGUUCGAGACGGGGCCCGCCUGCAGCAUCAUCUCCCAGAGCAGCUCCUCGGUGAGCUGCUCGUCGAGGUUGCCCACGUAGCACGUCGCGUCCUGGUUCCGCUGCUCGACGGGGCCCGUGGCCAUGGCGGCUCAGGCGGCGCCUGUCGCCGCGGGCUGGUGUUGGGCGGUCUCGGGCGAGCGGCCUGGUUAAGCACAGGUCGUGACGCACGGCUGCGCAGCUUGCAGAUUUCUCUUGUCCACGGCUUUUCUGCCAAGGAGCCGCGCGGCGCGAGGCUUUUGCGGCGACUCUAAGGCCAAU